UCUAUGUUGUAUUCAAAAUUAAUUGAGUCUAUAAUAUUUUUGAGCAGGGUCAAAUUUCCACUUAAUCGUAUACCACCCCUCCAUAAUAAAAAUUUUGAACUAUCACUGUAAUUAUUGUUAUCGGACACAUUUUCAUUCCCUAUGGAAAAUUCAAACUCUUCCUCUUCUUUAUUUGUUUUAUUGUUUUCCUCUUCUUCAAUUUCUGCUAAUCCUAAUGAGAAGAAGGGAGUAGUGAUGACAGGUGUUACAAUUGUUUUCUUAAUUCUAUCAUUUUCUAUUUUUUCUAAUGAUUUUGGUUCUGGAUCUUUUCUAUCUUUUUCAAUUUUAGUAGGGGUUGAUGUAGUAAUGACCUUUUCACCUUUUGUUUGACUUUUCUCAUUCUUUAUUUCCACUUUCUGACCAUCUGUUCUUAAAGGUUUUUGAGAUGGGACAUUUUCAUUAGAUUUUAUUUUCCCCUCAUUAUUGGGUUGCGCAACAUAUUUUUCUUGUUUUGGUUGGUCUUGUGUCAAUUUUAUUUUUUUAUUUCCUUCAUUUAAUAUUUGAACAUUUUUAUCCACUAAUUUUGGAGGGGAGGAAGGAACAUUAACCUUUUGACUUUUAUUUAAUUCUUUUUUUGCAUCUGCUAUUCUUGGUGGAGAAGAUAGCUAAAAAGUAAUUAAAAUAUUUUUGAAAGAAGUAAUUUAAUACUUGACUCUCUUUUGGUAGUGGUGGUGGUGAAGAAAGAGCAUUUCUUUUUAUUCGUUUUUCUAAUCUUGGAGGGGAAACAAUUAUAUCUUUUGACGUGCUAUCAGGAUUGAAAACAUGGUCUAUUGCAGUAAUUUGAUGUUUAAGUGUCGAAUUUAAAAAAUCGCAUAAUUUUUGAACGUUGGUAUGCGAUGCCCCUGGGAUUGGUAUACGAAGAAUAUGCUUCUGUC